AUGAAGAAAAAGAAAUUACAGUCACGUAAUCAUAAUCCAACUGGUAAUAAUAAUGGAAUAACCAGUAGUCUUUCAGAAACUGGUAAUGAUAUCACCGGUAAAGAAAGUGUUGAAUGUAUGCUAGAAGAUGGUGAUGAUGAUGAAGAAGAUGAUGAAGACGGGCAAAUUGAAGAUGACGAAGAUGACGAGGAAGAAGAAGAAGAGGAUAAUGAGGGGGAAGAAGUGGGAGAAGAUGAGGAAAAGAAAGAAACUGAAGGCAAUCAUCAUCACCAUCCUCAUGAACAACAAUACAAUCGAAUUUUAAAUAAUUUUGACAGUCAUCGUCAUCACUAUAGCAACAAUAAUAAUAAUAAUGAAAUGAACUUAAGAGGACAGUUAAAACAAAUUGCAUUUAUGAAAAAAAUAGAUAAAACUUCGGAUUCAACUAUUGAAGAAUAUGAUGAGGAUUCUGUAAGAAGUGAGAAGUUGAAAAUCGAACAUGAAUUUCUUAAUUUAAGUUCAGACAUCUAUUCAAAUGCAUCAUCAUGUUUUAUUGAAUCAAUAAAUGAUUAUGAAGGUAGUCAUCCAUCAAUUACAGAUAUAAGUAAUCAUAAUAAUAAACUUUAUAAUCAUACGAAAUUUAAUAAAUUCUCCCAUGAAUUAUUCCCUCCAUUUUACUAUAAUUCAUCAAUUGAGAAUAAUUUAAUGAAUUCAGAAUUCAAUUUUAAUCCGGUCAAUAUGAAUCGUGACUUAUUAUUUGAUCCUUUAAAAGAAUCGUUGAGAAACCAAUUAGUUAAUCCAAGUCAAAGUAAACAUUUAAGUUCUCAUAUGGGAUGGCCAUUGGUUAGUAAUAAUAACAAUAAUAAUAACAUUAUAAAAGAAUACAAUAUGAAUUUAUCGUCACCAUCAGUAUCAACGUCAAUCCCAACAAUAAGAACAUCCACUGAAUCAACAAAUCAUUUCACAAGAUUAUCUUCAUCUCCCAAAUUAGAUUUACAGACAGACUAUCAUCCAAUAUGUUCAAUGUUUAAUAGUUCUUUCCAUCCAACAAUUGAUUUAAAACCAACUUAUUUAACAUCUAACCGUCGAUUGCAACAAAGAGAUGAUGCUCAUCACAACCAAUUGGAUAAACAACACUGUUUAAAUAUCAAUCAAUCUGAAAUAUGUGAUUUUAUACAUUCAAAUGGAAGUUCUAGAGGAAACGAUUCUAUUCUAAAAGCAUGUCCAACAGAGAGUUAUUCUCAAAAAUCAUUGAACUGUAGUGAAAAUUUUAAUACAUUACCACAGUUGAAUCCACAUAUUUUGUAUGAUAGUAAUGAAUCAACCGUAGACCUAACUACUAAUACUGUUAUAACCACAAAUAUUAAUUCUCCUACAUCAAUAGGUGUGUCUUCAAGAAGCAGAAUGAAUAUUAUGAAUUACAAUUUAAAUCCAUUCACAGUAAAUGACUCUGAUUAUUAUAUGGGUCCAGUAGAGUCUAAUCACAGUUACACAUUUAAUCUUGACUGUUCACCAAUCUCUCAUUACUCCUUUUUACCUACCUUAACAACGACAUCAACAUUAGGAACACAAUUAACUACCUGUUGGCCUCCUAUAUCUACAUCAACUACUAAUAAAUUCUUAUCACCUCCUCCAGGGUCGUAUCCCUUACAGUCAACCAAUCCUGAUACGGAAGUGAGUGCUACGGUAUCAGAUGAUAUCGACCAAAGUAGUGAGUCAUUUUCAAGUAGCAUAGAUCAUGAAGUGUCAUUUCGAAAAAAUAUAUUUCAUUCCUUAAAAAGCUCUACAGCCGAUCAAAAUAAUUGUGAAUUAGAUCAAUCUAAUUUAUCUUAUUUACCAACAUCGAUGAAUGUAUAUAAUCCAUUCUCGAAAGGUUCACAUAAUUCAAAUCAGUUAAAUUUCUCUGAAAGUAAUGAUUCGUGUACUUUCUCAACUUAUACAUCACAACUUAAUAGUUCAUGUAAUAUGAAUGCAAAUGAAACAAUCAAUCCAUAUUUACCUGAAACAGAUUUUCAUCUGAUUACUGAUCGUGGUCGAGAUGAUCAUUCUAUAAAACAAAAUCCUUCACUAACACAAUACUCAUUACAAUCUAGUACAAAUUUAUCUCCAUUACAUCAAUUAAACAAUGUAUUUAAUCAAGUUAAUCAUAGCGAUUUUAAUUCGAUGUUUUAUUCACCAUAUUUGCAUAAUUCAAAUUCAUUUGGUCAUUCAAUAGCUGGACAUGAUAUGUUAACUGUUACCGAUUCAUAUAAUCCUAAUGUUUUAAGUAAUUUAACACAAUCAAUAAAUCAGUCUUUCAAUCAAUCUCCUAAUAUAACUUCUGUUAUUAGUAGUAGUAGUGGUACAUUUACAAUGAAUACUACUAUUCAUUUAAGUAAUUUAUGUAAUACGACCAAUAUAAAUAAUGUCACUCUACCAUUCCCAAUGAUUUCUACGAAUUCACAUUCAUUAGACUUAUCUUCUACAUGA